AAUGCAUAGACCAUACUAUUACUAAAAUUUAGUAUUAAGUUUAACUAAAUCGGAAUUUCGGUAUGCACAGGUUGUGAAGUAUUAGUGGGGCUUAUUUUUUAAGUGCAUUCGUGCAGAGAAUAUUUAGUCGCCGAUUGGCCGUACUAAAUUGCUAUUUAGUGCUACUUUUCACAACAUGGAAGCUGUAGGACGCAUUGUGGAUGACGAGUUUGUGGAAUUUGUGCGAUAUGCUAGGGAUGUUCCCUACAAUCCGCCGCCUAGAAAGUAUCUUCGAGAUGGGGAUAAUCCAUUGGAAUGUUUUAGUGAUGAAGAGUUUGUGAAACGUUUUCGUUUCACAAAAGAAACUGUAAUUGGUACCAUCGUGCCCCUUGUUGCGGCUGACAAUGGAGAUAAGCGUGGUUUGCCGGUGCCAGCAAUUGUUAAAGUUACCACUGCACUACGCUUUUAUGGUAGUAACAGUUUUCAGAUUGUUUGUGGUGACCUUAUCCACUUGAAUCAAGCAACAGUAAGCAGAAUUAUCAAGGUAACUUCAAAUGAGCUGGCAGGACAUUUGCUGCAGUAUGCACACUUCCCAGGACCAGGAGGUAUUCGUAGUAACCAGAGGAAGUUCUACGAUUUGGGUGAAUUUCCUGGAGUCACUGGUUGUAUUGACUGCACGCACAUCUGUAUUAGUAAUCCUGGUGGCCAGUUUCCUGAGUUGUACCGUAACAGAAAACAGUACAUGUCCUUGAAUGUUCAGGUUGUUGCAGGUCCUAACCUCGAGAUCAUGGACAUUGUAACACGAUGGCCUGGCAGUACCCAUGAUGCCAGGAUAUUUAGUAACAGCAGGGUGAUGGUUAGGUUUGAAAAUCAAGGACUCCCAGGAAUACUUCUAGGAGAUAAUGGGUAUCCACAGUUACCAUUCCUGUACACACCAGUACUGGUUCCAACGACAGCAGCUGAGAUCAGAUACAAUUUAGCUCACAGAAGAACAAGAAACAUUGUGGAACGGUUAUUUGGAGUGUGGAAGAGGCGGUUUGCAUGCCUUGGGCAAAAACUACGAACGAAACUGGCUACUUCAAACAAGGUUAUUCUUGCAUGUGCUGUGCUGCACAACAUUGCGGUUCAGCAUGAAGAGCCUUUGCCACCUCCAGUAGAAGAACUUCGUGUUUUACCCAUAGUGCCAGUUGCAAACUUGCGUCCACGCAACCACCGAGGAGCUGCAAUGAGAGCAAUGUUUAUUGAACGUCAUUUUGUGUGAAUGCAUUACGUAGUUUCCGUGGUUUUCUGUACAUAACUGCUUCAAAUGUAUUUUUUAAUUUUUUUUAAUAGUUUCAGUAGUGAAUUAAUUUUUUUUUAUUUUUCCAGGCACAGUCUAGAACAUGGAAUGUAAUAGGCCUCUUGGGGAAUCUCGCCAUGUAUAUAAAUAUAGGAGAUAACGCAUUGAGCACUAUACCUCCAGAGAGCUUCCUCUAAGGUGAUGUGGAAACUGGUGCAAUGGGUCAAAAAUGUGAGUAAAUGGGUAAGUUUCCUGCAAUGUGUAUGUAAUGAUGUUUAUUUGUUCAGUUUUUUUAUACAAUUGAAAUUUAGUGAAGCUUUUGUUUUCUUUUAACAGGUUUCUGUGUUGUUAAGCGAUUACAUAAAAAAUAUACCUUUUUAAGGUGUCAGUUAGCAGUCUUUAUCCUAACAUUUAUUUAACCACUUUGCAAAUCUUAAGUAUCUAAUAAAACUUUAGCAUUUCAUGAUGUGGGUUAUGUGAGGCCUAUGGGAAUCGGAGAAAUAGUUAAGCCUUAUGUAUAUAAAUGAAAAGUGCAUAUUAUCAAUGAAUUUCAAUGAGUUUUUUUAUUAAUUAUUCAUGCAUAUUAAUGUCGUGAUAGAACAUACCCUAAUUUAACCAGCUGCAUUUCUCAAGCCUCGUAAUUACUGAUUUUAAAAUAAAGUGAUUUGUGUGUUCAUAAUAAUUACCAAGCUAUAUAGAUGCAGAAUAAAUACUUCAACAAGAUUUAUAUUGCACUGAAUAAAGUCUCAAUGAUUUUAAUACAAAA